GCCAAACAGACUCAAUCGCUCCCUCUCUCUCUCUCUCUCUCUCUCUCUCUCUCGUUUGAAUUAGGUUUUCCUCAGGAGCUCAGUGGAAGAAUCGGAGCAAGCCACAAUGGAAGUCGUGAAUCCUAUUGCAAUUCCAUAUGUGCCGCCGGGAAUUAUAUGUCCUGACACUGGAGUCACUAUCCAGACCUACCAGGUGUCUAAUGUUGAUGACAGAACCUACUCCAAGUUUAGCUCUGAGUAUGAUGUGGCAGCAGAAGAGUUUAUUGGGGCUGGCGCAUUCGGCGUGGUCGUUCGAUGCAAGAACCUGAUAGACAACCAAACUUAUGCCAUAAAGAAAAUAUCAAUUGGCAACAGGGACAAUACUGAUGGAUAUGGCAACUAUAGAGACCUAUUAAGGGAGUCUAUCAUUUUAGCCACAUUUGAUCAUCCUGCUGUUGUUCGGUAUCACUCGACCUGGAUGGAGUGCACUUUUGUUGGCACUACUGGAGGUGAACCUGAUAUUGUGGAAACCAAUCCAUGUCUUUACAUACAACAGCAACUAUGUGAGAGCACGUUGGAGCAAAAGAUGAGGAGUGCCGAACUUUCAAAGGAAGAAUGUGCAUAUAUUUUCUCACAGGUGGCACGCGGCCUAGCACACAUCCACAGUCACAACAUAAUGCAUGGUGAUCUUGGCAGAGGAAAUAUAUUCUUGAACAAGAACCAAGCAAAAAUUGGAGACUUUGGACUCUCCCGGAUCAUAGGUGAAGGUGAUGAUCUAAUUCAUUUAGGAAAUCCCCCACCUCCAUACGCUGCAGCUGAUAAAUGUGUCAAUGCAAAAGCGGAUGUCUACAGUCUGGGGAUUCUGCUGGUGCAGAUGUUUCUCAACAUCAGAACAGAUUCAGAAGCAUCAAAGGUGUUUCCUGACCUGAAAAAAGAAGAACCAGUGUUUCCUGCCUACUGGCCUAACGGUGUGCUGAAGACUUGGGUGACAAACAUGCUGAAAAAAAAUCCAUCAGAAAGACCAUCAUCAUCAGAUAUCGUGGAGAACCUACGCAAGAUAGAGGAUGCUAUUCAGGAGUUUGAUUCUUAAAGCAACAGCAGGUAUUGGGCAUCUGAGACAUUCUAGGAGAUAUUCUUCAAUGCUAAGAACAUGUCAUUUCAGCUAUGAUAACUGUAAAUCUCAAUUUCAUUCCUAUAACGCAAUUAAUCAGCUUUGUAUGGUGUGCCGUGGGCAUGUGAUACAUGAUAUUCUAAGAGACAUGAAAUAUUGAUCAAUAGAGAAGCUAUGAUUGAACUCCGAAAUGAAAGCAGUAGCAAUUUCUGAUGAUCAUUUGCAGUAGUUUGUAGUUUAUAAAUAAGGUUUGUCAGUAUCCUUGUGGUAGCACUGGCAUGUUUUCAUCUCCUAAGUUCAACCAACUAGUUCUAGCUUUCUGUGGCCAAUAAACAUCCAGUAAAGUCAGAGAAGACGAUGUUUUAUAUAGAGUUAUUUCAGCUAAAUGUACAUUUAUGUCCUUUGGAUUUUAUAUGCGAAGAGCUUUGGGUUUGGACUAUAAUGUCCUCGAAUUCCUGAAUGUGAUUCAUCUACGGGGGAAAAGGUUCAGUUUAACUAGUAAUGAAUGAAUAGGUUGAUCCAGAUGGAUUACAAGUCCCAUGCAGGUUUCAAUCUAGGUUGAUCUAGAUAAGUUUCCAAUUUUAUGAACAUUAAUUGUGUUGCUUUAACCAAAAUGCUUUAAAUCUAAAAGGUUUAUGAGUGGAUUAAGUUAGGAAAAUUAGUAUGAAAUACUACUGAUCUGGGGUCAGAGCCACAAAUAGGUACACUACAAGAAAAGCAGAGGGAAAUGCUUGAAGCAUAGCAGAAUUUAACACAAAAAAAAAAUGAUCCAAUUUUGAACAAAUU